AAUCCAUACAUGACGACAAAUUAAAUUCAAGUUUAUCAAUUCAAGGCCAGAUAUAUGUAUUUUAAUCAGCCUCAGUCGGCAUUGCCCCCUCCACGCCUGAGGGCCGCUCACACAUCUUACUGUUUAUCGACAUAAUAAAAACGCCAUGGCCUCUGCAAUGCUGAAGUUAUUGAAAGCUGAAUCUCAGCUGCUACUGCAUAGGAGUUACAGUAGCUCAGUUCCCACCACAAAGCUCUUCAUCGACGGACAGUUUGUGGAGUCCAAGACAAACAACUGGAUUGAUCUUACCAACCCAGCUAACAAUGAGGUCAUUGGCAGGGUACCAGAGGCAACUCAGGACGAAUUAAACGCUGCAUUGGAGUCGGCCAAGAAGGCGUACAAAUCAUGGAGUCAGAGCACCAUCAUGACCAGGCAACAGCUUAUGUUCAGAUUCGCCCGUCUGUUAAGAGAGAAGACGUGCGAUUUAGCCAACAAGAUCACAGAGGAGCAGGGCAAGACACUCGCCGACGCUGAAGGCGAUGUUUUCAGAGGCAUUCAGUCAGUAGAGCAGGCCUGCAGUAUUACAACUCUUCAGUUGGGCGACUCCAUCCAAAACAUCGCAAAGGACAUGGACACACACAGCUACAAAGUGCCAUUGGGCGUUGUCGGAGGCGUGGCUGCAUUCAACUUCCCGGUAAUGAUUCCCCUAUGGAUGUUCCCGCCUGCAUUGGCUACCGGUAACACCUGCAUCAUCAAGCCUUCGGAGCAGGAUCCUGGAGCGACCCUCAUGAUGAUGGAGCUGCUCAACGAGGCUGGAGCACCGCCCGGCGUUGUUAAUGUUGUUCACGGUACUCGGGACCCAGUGAACUUCAUUUGCGAUCACCCUGACAUUAAGGCUGUGUCCUUCGUCGGAGGUGAUGCGGCUGGCAAACAUAUCUACAGCAGGGCGUCGGCUAACGGCAAGCGCGUCCAAAGCAACAUGGGCGCGAAGAACCACGGCGUGAUAAUGCCGGACGCCAACAAGGAGCACACGCUCAACCAGCUCGCCGGCGCCGCCUUCGGGGCCGCGGGGCAGCGCUGCAUGGCGCUCAGCGUCGCGGUGUUUGUCGGUCAGUCAAAGGAAUGGAUCCCCGAUCUAGUAGAGCGCGCCAAGGGACUCAAAGUGAACGCCGGCCACGUACCCGACACUGAUGUAGGACCACUCAUCUCCGUCAAGGCUAAAGAAAGAGUCAUCCGACUUGUGGAAUCAGGUGUAAAGGAGGGAGCUAAGUUAGUGCUUGACGGCCGUGGAGUCAAGGUCCCAGGCUUCGAAAAGGGUAACUUUGUCGGACCAACCAUCCUUACCGACGUCAAACCCAACAUGGAAUGCUACAAGGAAGAAAUCUUCGGACCCGUGCUCGUGUGCUUAUGUGUUGAUACCUUAGAUGAAGCUAUCCAAUUGGUGAAUGCAAACCCCUACGGCAAUGGAACAGCCAUCUUCACAACCAACGGAGCGUCCGCCAGGAAGUACACCAACGAAAUCGAUGUUGGACAAGUCGGUGUAAAUGUUCCAAUCCCUGUUCCCCUCUCCAUGUUCUCUUUCACCGGAUCCCGAGGCAGUUUCUUAGGUACCAACCACUUCUGCGGCAAACAAGGCAUUGACUUCUUCACAGAAUUGAAAACAGUUGUCUCUCUAUGGAGACAGAGCGACGUAUCUCACGCAAAGGCUGCCGUAUCUAUGCCAACACAACACUAAGUAAAUUACUACUGAAACAUAUUUAAUUUUGUACGUGUUCAAGGAUUUUAAAGCAUUUAUUUUUUUACCUUAAUAUAUUUUGUAUCGCGCCCUAUCAUGUAUGUCUUCCGUAUGUUAAGGAUAAUGUUAUUUUUAUACAUAUUUUGUAAUUUAAACAUAUAAAUUGUUACAGUAA